AAAUAUGUGGCGAAAUAGCAUUUGGUCGUAAUUUUUCGGUCAUAAGUUGCGAGUCGUGUAAAUCAUUUUUCCGUAGAAAUGCAUUCAAAGAAACGUUAAUAAACUGUCCAACAAAUGGCAAUUGUUUUAUUACAACGAAAACACGAAAAUCGUGUCAAACAUGUCGACUAAAUAAAUGUUUGGCCACAGGAAUGAAAAAAGAAAUGUUUAAAACUAAUGAAGAAAAUGUUUUAAGAAGAAAGAAUCGACAGAAGAAUCGACUAAAACAACGACAACAAUGUGUUGAAGAAGACAUCCGUUCAGUGGAUUUGUUGUCAUCAAUAACUACAGGUUCGCCACAAUCACAGACAAUAACAACUACCACACAAUACGUGGAUACGGAUGACACAAAUAAUAGUGAUAUUUUUUGGCAACUAUUUAACAGUUCGGUGAUGAAUGUCGACGACGAUAAGCUCAGGGAUCAGAUCGUGGAGAUUGAGAACAACUGUAUGAUAACAACAACUACAACAACAGCUGAUGAAAGUUAUGAUAACGACUACUCGAUUGAUGGCACCGACACUGUAUUUGAUAAAAGUUUACACUUAAAUGCAUACAAUGCACACAAUAAGUAUAAAGUGGUUCCCAUAUUCAGGGAACUGGUAGACUAUCACGGCUUAAACCAGUUAGAGGGCACCCGUAUUACGGAAAUAUUAAACUCAUCUCAAGUUCUAGACUAUACUGUCUGUAUGGACAAUAUUGUUAAGAUUGCCGACAUGGAUAAGUUGGCCAAACUAGCGGCCAUUUAUAUGGAACAGUUGGUCAUCAAAUCUAUUAGUUUUGCCAAAUGUUUGCAAUUAUCGUUCGGCAACUAUUGUAUUGAUGACCAGUUGUCGCUAAUAAAGUACGGGUGCCGUGAAGUAGUGUUUCUCAAAACAUUAAUGAGUUACGAUAGGUGUCAAAAAUCUCAUAUAAUACCUAUACAUGAUAAUAUGUCAAUAGUACCCGACAUAAAUGCUGUAAAAAAUAUAAGACCCGUCAAUUUUGAUUAUUUAAAUGCUAUAUAUAACAAGCUUAUGGACAAAAUAAUUAUGGCAUUAAACAACGAUAGAGUUAUUAUGGACUUGCCUAAAGCUAUUGAUAACCUCAUGUACUUCAAUGUAUUUCAAUUACAAAUGUUAUUACAUGUAUAUUGA